UCUCUCAACCAGCCCACUUUGCCCGAGGGCUUGCACGUAGCAUAGUCCCCAAUCCACAAACAUGGUCUCCAGGAGACAAUGGUCAAUGUCGCGUUAUUUUGCAUCGCCGGGGAACGAGGCAUCCGGCACAUUUCUCUCCCAUUUCCUGGGUCUACUGAAUCCCCCCACCCAACUAGUGCUCUUGCGAUUCUCACAAAGGAGGGGGCUGCGGGCAUAACAGUGUUAACAGGAGUUCAGUAGUUAGGGCGGGGGUCGGCAACCUGCGGCUCCCGAGCCAUUUGUGGCUCUUUCACCUCUGUGCUGCGGCUCCCUGUGGCUUUGGGAAAUAAUUGGUCAGUAUUUAAUUAAAAUGUAUUUUAUGUUAGUUUGUUAGCUUUUGAAAUGUAAUUAUGGUGAUCUUGUACAACCUAAGUGUAGCGACACAUUUCCUGCCACAUCCGAAACGGCUCACAAUUAGCCAGCAUUCCGGCUAAGGGAGAUAGCCUACGGGGGUUUGUGAGUACGCGUCUUUUGCAGCAUCUGCGUCCAUGGGGGCUGGGUUGAGGGAGGCUUAAAAGCAAGGCUGUUUAGUUCGAAUAAAGCUAUCUUUGACUGCAGUUUACUGACACCGCUACAACGUGUUUUUAUCGCUGGCUGUCCAGACGGAAGGUGCUGAAACGCUUUGUCGCGUGUCUGGAAGAAGUGAAAACUUUCCUGGGCAGCAAAGGGCUCACCUUUCCUGAGCUGGAACAGCCAGAGUGGCUGGAAAAGCUACACUUCAUGGUAGACAUGACAGCGCACCUGAACACGCUGAACACAGCUCUUCAGGGGAAAGGACGUACAGCCCUGCACAUGUUGGAGGAUGUUUUGGCAUUCGAGCGCAAGUUGACAGUGCUUGCCAGAGAUUUACAGAAAGGCACUUUGUCUCACUUCCCCAAUUUGAGAGAGUUCAAACAAGGUCACGACAUGAUAAUUUCGGAGUAUUUACAUUCUGCAAUCAUCGCAAUGCAAACAUCGUUUGGGAAACGCUUCUGUGAGUUCAGAGAGGAAAAAAACACAUUAUCCUUCCCGGUCACUCCCUUAAGCAUCGAUCCUUCCCUACUGAAUACGACUGCAUUGGCAGGUGUGAGUCAACCUGAUCUUGAGAUGGAACUGGCUGACAUAGCCGACAAAGACAUAUGGGUGUCCAAGUUUAGACGCUUGACAGCAGACCUUGAAGAUGUUGCCCGUCAGAAGGCCGUUCUUGCUCAGAAACACAAAUGGAGUGAUAUUGAAAACCUCACAGAUGACAGCUUGCGAUCCUGUGUAAAGAUGAAGGUGACAUCAUACAGCCCUGAUGUGCAGACGCUGUGCGCUGAGGUCCAGGAGCAGAAAUCCCAUUAACCAAGAUGACAGCUGGCUGACGUUAUUUUUGGUUUGCUG